GAGGGACGGUGAAUGUUGCUCGAACACGGAAGAAUUCAACAUCGAACUAACUUUAUGAUAGAAGUUUGGUUUAUAAUUUAAAAUGUGUGACGCGCUCCACUUCACCGCGGGUUGACCUCUGACCCUGGAGAAGAUGGAGGCUCGGUUCGGAGGCGAAGUGGCCUCCAUCGUGGAGUUGUCCAUCCGGGCGGCGGUGACCGUGUUCAGGCAGGUUUGGGAGAAAGAGGAGCCAAGCACGGAGCUCCAGGAGGAGAAGCUCGGCGAGAUCCGGGAGAUAGAGACGUGUCUGGUGGCCCAGGUCCGGCAGGCCUUCUCCCGCUUCUCCUCCGAGCUGUCCGAGGAGAACGAGGCUCUGCGGGCUCAGGUGCAGCAGCUGGAGGAGGUGCUGCAGAGGAAAGCCGGGCAGCUGGAGCAGGAGCUGGAGGCCCGGGUGGGGCAGCUGAGCCGGGAGAUGGAGCAGCUGGAGAGGGAGCUGCGGAGCUUCAGGACCCAGGCGCAGGGAGGAGCGGGUCCCAGUCCGCUGCCUGAGGGACCAGUGACGGGUUCAGCAGACAGCGAGGUCGCUGCCAGCUCCACGGCUGCUCCUCCACCUGCAGCCGUCUCCAUGGUGCCACUGGGCAGAGUCUGCUCUGCUCCCACGGUGCUGCUGGUGGGUUCCGACCAAGUCGUAACACAGGCCUCCACGCCAUCGCUGGCCGUCUGCAAAACCACAGGGACGAAGCUGGUCCUCAUCCAACCAGCAGCAUCGCCAGAGUCAAUGCAUCCAGAUGUCCCCAGUCCAACCUCCAGCCCCAGUGAUCAGGCCUCAGCCGGGGAGAAGAAAUCUGUGGAAGAGGCUCCAUCAGGGAGGCCGAGGAGGACGAGGAGAGCCACGUUCAAAAUGGAACAAGUUUCCACUGACAACAGCUCUGCAGAGAAGAAUAUCAAACCAGUCGGGAAAAAAGAGUUACAGACGGAGAAGCGUUUUUUCUGCGAUCACUGUGAUGUUGGUUUCCAUUUCAAAUGUGACCUGAACAAACACAUGAAGGUUCACAAAAAGCCGUUUGCUUGUGACCAGUGUGACAGAAGCUUCCUGAUGAAGAAGUCUCUGGAGAACCACACUCUGCGUCACGAGGUGGGUAAAGUCCCGCGGCCCUUCCCCUGCGCUCAGUGUAAACGCUCGUUCCGAAAAGAGCAGUCGCUCCAGAAUCACCUCAAGACUCACCAGAGGAUGAAACCUCCAAAGCCCUUUGUCUGCGAUCAGUGCGGGAAAACCUUCCGACUCAAACAGUCUCUGGAGAACCACCUCUUGCGGCACGAGAAGUGGAAGCAGAUGCUGAAGUGUCAGCUUUGCGACAAGACUUGCAGGACUUCGGUCCAGAUGAAGUGUCACAUGGCCGUGCACUCGGAGGAGAGACCGUUCAGCUGUGAAAAGUGUGGGAAGGAGUUUAAGAGCAAAGACACUCUGCGCUUCCAUCAGGUGGUUCACACAAACACCAAGAACUACAAGUGCACAAUGUGCGAGGAGACUUUCAAAUACGCCCAUUCGCUGACGGUGCAUAAGAGGAAGCACACAGGCAUCACGCCGUUCACAUGCGCCGUGUGCAACAGGUCCUACAGGACGGGCACUGCUCUGAAGAGACAUGGCAUCGUCCACACUGGGGAGAAACCGUUCACAUGUCACAUAUGUGGAGCGAGUUUCAGCCUGAACAACAAUCUGAAGAGGCACCUUCGCAUUCACACGGGAGAGAAGCCAUUCACCUGCAAGGAGUGUGGCAAGAGCUUCUCCGACAACAACAAGCUGAAGUCCCACAUGCUCAUCCACGGAGCCAGGAAGCCGUUCAUGUGCGAUCUGUGUGGGAAGACCUUCCUCUUCAACUGCAGGCUGCUGAUGCAUCAGAGGUACGUGCACUUCGACCGGAGUGAGGAGGCCGACGGCACACAGAGACUUCUGCAGACAAAACGGCGAAACAAGUCUCUGGUCAAACCAUUCAGCUGCAAAAUAUGUCUGAGAGGAUUCUGCACCACGUAUUCCCUCAAACUUCACGAACGAGGCCACAGCGAGCACAAGGAGUACCAGUGCGGCCUCUGUGGGAAGGCUUUCCACAACAAGUACUCUUUCGGCUAUCACCAGAGAAGCCACGCUGGAGAGAAGCCCUUUGUUUGUGAUGUGUGUGGGAAGAGAUUUUUCCACACUGCUAGUCUGAAGCAGCACGAGCGGAUUCACACGGGUGAAAAACCAUACAAGUGUGACCAGUGCGGCAAGGCAUUCAGAACAGACGGAAACUUCUACAGGCACAUGCGGAUCCACACGGGCGAGAAGCCAUUUGAAUGUGUGCACUGCCAGAAAAAGUUCCAUCAGUCGAAUCAGCUGAAGUCCCACCUGCAGAUCCACACCGGGCAGAAGCUGUACUCGUGCCAGCAGUGUGGUCAGGGCUUCUCCGACUCCAGGCAGCUGAAGAAGCACAGCUGUGACGGCUCCUGUCACGGUGUGAUGACCACCAGUACGCUCGGCUGAAGGGAAAUCAUGUGUUAAUAGAGCCUGACCGAUAUGGAUUAUUUGAGGGGCUGAUAUUAAGGAGUGAAAACAUUCUUGUCCCAAUAUAUUGGUCGAUAUGUAUGUUAAAAUAUAGAGUGCAUAUGUCAAUGUAACUACAUAGAAAUGACUUUGUGGAAGGCUCAUGUCGGUCAGGCUCCGUGUUAAAGUGACAAACUCCUAAUGAAGUGGCAAAGGGAGAAAAUACUCCCUGAAUUAGAUAAUAUUACUCAACUGAACUCAGUGACUCUGACAUGAAUAACGUGGUUUCAUCUUCAUAAUCUGAUGUUGACACUGGGUGCAGCUUAUUAGUGAAAUGAAACUAAUCUGUUCUGGUUUUGGCAAUAUGUUAAGUUGUUUAAGUUAUUAAGUAGAAAUACUUGCUGAUAAUAGUUCUGGGCUCUGGUAACUCCCACGUGUUACGCUUGUUAUAUUAGAUUUAAGGGAUUUAACAGCAGUAUUUAAAACGGCAUUUGAUAGUUGCAGCUCUACUCUCAUCCAGAGCCUUAACAGUAGAGGUCAGCAGCGUUGUUUGUGGCAUUUAUUAGUUUUUUCUUUCUGCUUCAGUUUUUACAUUUGAAGGACACUGGCCUUUUAAACAUCUCUUAGUUUCUCAUGUGUGCUGAUGUGUUGAGAUGAGAUACCUAUGUACAUAUUGUGAGGAUGAUCAAUUCCAGCUAUGCCAGUUAGGAACUGUUUUUCAUUAAUUUAUAUAUUGAAUUCACAAUAAUCCAUCAAGACGUAAUUAUUUUCUGAGUGUCAGGUGUGUACAGCUGGACGCAUCCCUGCGAUCUGUUUCCUGUCUCGUUCCU